GUCCCUGGCUGCCUCGCUGCGUUGCUGUGUGAUCCCCACUCGAGUCAGAUCCACCGUCGCAUCAUGGCAGAAGUGAGCCAAACAGGAAGCACUUAAGGUAAUUGCCUCGCAUUCAUGUGCUUUGUGUGUCAGGACGGCGCCACGUUCCGCCUGGUGUACGUCAGCGGCAAGCAGCCCACCAACCAGGGCCCCGCCGCCCUGCGCAUGUCACGAGAGGAGCUGUCGCAUCUCUUCGGCCACAUGCAGCUGUGGGACCUCAGCUGCUUCCGAACAGGCAUCGACAACAAGGUCUUCCUGCAGGCGCCAAGCAGUACACGGACAUCGUCAUCGACAGCUCAAAGCCGUCGAUCCGCCACAUGUGGGAGCGGAUGCCGCUGGCCGUGGCCUUCGAGUGGGGCACGCGCAUGCCACAUCUCAAGACAAUGGUCAUCCUCCAUCCGCCAUUCCACGACGGCUGGUGUUGCGACGUGAUGGUCACGAUGGUCGACGGCCACGCCAAGAGCCGCAGCGAGCUGCACGAGGCGAAGCGGCGGGAGGCGGAAAGAGGAGGCAGACAGCCACCCAAAGAGGAGGGGACGCUGGAGUCCAUCAGCUUCACCCCGUCGAAGAGCUUUCGUGGUGGGCGCUCGGCAAACCGACUGCCCUCUCGUGCUGCAGCCAACACUUCAGUCCCCUCCUCGCCACCUCCCCUACUUCAUUCGCUGACGACUCUGAGCGGCCUUCGCCCUCACGUCUGCGACUUGAUCGACAACCACAAGUGGCAGAUGCCAUCGCUGCGGCACGUACGAGGCCACCCGAUUGGGCGCGUGUUCCCAUGCGGCUUCAUCAAGACAUCGCACUGUCUGGAGAGCCUGGAUCUCGGCAUAUUCGGACCGCGAGACUGGCUGGCGCUGCUGAAGGGAGGGCGGCUGGCGCACUUGAAGCACAUCGGCACUGUGCUAGUCGGGGGGCACUACUGCCGAGAGAGACAACCUGCUUCACCUGCAGGUAGAUGCGAAAGAAAGCAGUAUCCCAAUAAGCGGAUGGGGCGGUGAAUUGCGUCCCUUCAGGCUACCCUCGCCUCUGGUGGCUGCAAGUCGCUCGAGUCGGUCAGCUUCAUCGUCAAAAGUUCUGUCAUUGUCAGCCCAGAAAUGGUCGGUGUUCUAACCGCUAUUGACGGGCUCAGGACCUCGGGUGCGGCAUCACCCACAGCGAGCUUCACCGUGGCCGCCAUACACCAAAGAGUGUCUGGAUUUAGCUUGUCGCUUCUCCACGAGUGCCCUGCCCCCUCCCUCUCAUCGCCCUUCGUCCGAGAGACACUGUGCUACCUCGCCACGACCGCCGGGUCGAUCACGUGGCACUCUUCUGAGGCCUACUUCACCGCUCCGGUGGAAAUCAGCGACGACGCCAAGGAACUCGCCGCCAAACUGCGGUUCCCUCAAGCCAGCUCCAUCAGCGUAGCCACGCCAACGACGACUUUAGACACGUAUUUCACACUGCCCGCUGCUUCCUCGCCUGUGUGGUCGCCCAUCACCCACCUGUCGGCUGAGGCGUUCCCCGACACGCUGACCGAUCUGAAUCCCACAGGACCAUUUGGCCAUGCGGCCGCGCGGCAACUGGUGGCGACGGGCAAUAUUAAGAACGUGCGGACACUCUAUUCUGAGCGAGUGGUGCCUGCCAGUGACGUGCUGGGGCUUCUGAGAGCGAUGGGCGGGGCUUCUGAGAGCGAUGGGCGGAGAGGGGACGAUCGAGAGGGCGGCCGUGAAUGUCAGGGGCAAGGGAGAGGGGCUGUUGUGGGGCGAUAGCGCUGAGGCCAUGCCAACCAUCAGAGACAUGACAGUCCGCCUGAGCGGUGGGGAGUGAGCACACAGUAUGGUGUCCACUCUGACGGAUGUAUUCUCUCCCUCACGUUUCCUUGUGUGUGUCAAGUGCCGUAUUGUCAAGUGCCGUAUUAUCAAGUCAAUGCCGCUUCGUUUGUCCACCGGAGCCUUGCAUCGUGCCUCAACCUUCGCGGCCUACACGAGCUGACGAUUCAGAUUUUCGGCAAUGAAGAGCACUUCGCAGAGCAGAUGGAGGCGCUCUGUCCCAGCGGCACCGUCUCCGGCUUCCGCAUCUCGGUGAACCGGCUUUCCCCCCAUCAUGUUUUUUUGACGGGUCACCGCAAGCCGAUGAGCUACAGCAGAGGCGACUGGGUGAGUAAGGAGGCUGCAUGAGUUGCAUGAGUUGCAUGUUUCGCGAGAGAGCUUUGAUUGCCUUGUGUGCAGUGCAAGAGACAUCCAGGGGACCAGUCCAUGCAGUUAGUGUGCGAGCAGUUACGUGCAGCGGCUGUUGAAGCCGUGUGGUGAACAAAUCUGGCCUACGUGUUGCGCAGACUGAUAC